AUGCUUGACGAUAAAGCGCCGAGAUCGAAGCUCGGACCUCCGUCGAGAGGCUCGUCUUUUUACAUUGAGAAUUUGCUGGGGACUCCCUACAGAGAGGCUUCCGCCGAGGAGCGGGUGGAGACCCCGGGCUCCAAAGUUACCGUCCACAGCCCGGUGAUCUGUCCGGGCCUGGAGACAAAGCGUGUGGACGACAGCGAGGAGCUCAACUGGAGUGCGACUUCGCCAAACCCAGCGCACUGCACCUCGAGAAGUCCACCGUACAGGGAUGAAGGCACAGACCCCGUGCCGACCAGCGGCCGGGAUUCCCCAACUUCAACGGGGCGGGCGGAGGAGGACGGCGAGCCGGAGGAAAAGGGGGAAGACAGUCUGACGGAUGACAGGGAGGAGGAGGACGCGCGCUCCUCCUGCUUGUCACGAGACGACAGCUGUGAUACAGGUGACGUGAAAGUGGCGCGAAAGAAGAAGACCCGCACCGUGUUCAGCCGGAGCCAGGUGUUCCAGCUCGAGUCCACUUUCGACCUAAAGCGCUACCUGAGCAGCUCGGAGCGCGCCGGGCUGGCCGCCUCGCUGCAGCUCACCGAGACCCAGGUGAAGAUCUGGUUCCAGAACCGCAGGAACAAGUGGAAGAGGCAGAUCGCGGCGGACAUGGAGGCCAGCAGCGCCGCCGCCGCCGCCGCCAACUACGCCGCCCAGAGGGUGGUCAGAGUUCCCGUGCUGUACCGCGAGAGCGUCAGCGCGCCUGUGACGCUGCCCAGCCUGCCUCAGGUGUCGCCACCGGUGGUCGGCUUCUCCAGUUCCCUCAGCUACCCAUUGACUUCCCACUUCACCCACCCGGUGUCGUUCAUAACGCCACAGAUGACUGGACUGGUGUGA